UAUGUGAUUUUUUUAUGUGGUUACCAACUGAGUAUGGCACAGUGCACUUGCCAAACACGAUUAGAUCGCAAACUCUAUUUCCCUAGGAGUAUGAAAAUUUCAGAUACAAGCCCAACUUUAAAAAGGCUGCCAAGUCAUUCAAAAGGAAAGCAGUUUACUUUGAUAUAUUAAAUAUAAGAUACCCAGUGGACUUUCAUAUAUUCUCCUUUCUUCUCUUUUCCUCCCCACUUGACUGUGUAUCACAGUUGUCUGCACUUGAUCACUAAUGAGCAGAAUUGUGAUCUAUUGGAAAGACACUUGACUAGACAAUACUGGACCUCAUUUGAUGGCGCAAUAUAUGCAAGUGCCCAGUAUCAUAUCAUACGCUUUUUAAAAAAUAUUUAUUGGUGUCUUUUUGGCUGCUUUGUUAGUUUUAUUGAACCGCUUCAAAGCGACUUGGAGUAUGGAGAAAGGUGCAAAAGAAGUAUAAUGUAGUGACCUCAUAUUGCAACAAUUUGAGCUAAUCAUUUAGAUAUUCUUACCCAAAUCACUGCAGCAAGCAGUUUAAAAGUGGGUCAAGUUUCUUCAAUUCAAAAUGUGAUUGUGCAUAUGGUCAGGUGUUUCUGUCAUGUUGUGGACAUAAACUCCAUUUUAAUGCAUAUACUAUAUGGUGCCUUUAGUGUCUUUUUAUUUUUAAUUUGCGCACCAUUUGGCCCCACUGCCAACAAUGGAGCUUACUGCAUGUGGUAAAGCUGUAGUGUAAUUGUUUUUUUCCCUUAAUAAUGGUGUUAUUUUUCUCAUAAAUCCAAACAUUCUUAUGCACACUAGACGUAAAGUGUACAUUCGUUUUUUUUCAAAUGAUCGUUUCUACAAUAUUCUGAGAAUAUCACAAUGUCCCAUCAGUAGUGAGCUAUUUUUUAGAUGAGUGUUUUUUAAUAGCAUUAAACUAAUACGAAUAGCUAUUAUUAUUUUUGAGAAAUGGUGAGAAAUCAAAAGUUUCCCAUUUGAAUGCAGUUUGGUGCCUGUGGUGCUUUCAUGGCUUCCUCCCUCCCCACACCGGGCCCGUGGCCGGGGGGGGGGGGAGCGAAGCCCCCUCGGCAAGCCGAGUAGUAGAAAUGUUGUCCCCUCCCCUCCUCUUCCGAAGACCGAACCAGAACCAUUCAUCUCUCCCCUCCUUCGGCUUUCACAUCCGGGUUACGCGCCAGUGUUUGUCUCCUGAGUCUGUGUGGCUGGAAUCAUUUCACCCUCACCGAAGCAAGCACCGCGACGUGCGGCUGUCUCUCGCCCGACUCGGCACCUCGCAGAGCGGACACAGCUCCCGGCGUGAGUCGGUGAUGUCGCCCAGCUGCGGCGAGUCGCACUGAGGCGGGCAUGAGACGGUGGUGGUGGUGUUGUUGGUGGUGAUCGUAGCGAGCCAGCCAGCCAGUUUGCGGUGAACCGAGUCGCCCUUUAAAACGAUGUCGAAAAGCCUCAAGAAGAAAAACCACUGGACCAACAAAGUCCACGAAGCGGUGAUCAGCCGCGGCAAGGAUGGCGAGCUGGGCUUCGAACUGAAGGGGGGCGCCGAGCUCGGCCAGUUCCCCUACUUGGGCGAGGUAAAGGCGGGGAAGGGUCUCGUCCAAAGCGGCAAACUGGCUGAGGAUGAACUGCUCCUGGAGGUCAACGACAUGCCCGUCGCCGGCCUCACCAGCCGGGACGUGCUGGCCGUCAUCAAGCACUGCAAGGACCCGGUUCGCUUCAAAUGUGUCAAACAAGGGGGGGUUGUUGACAAGGACCUGCGGCACUACCUCAACCUUCGCUUCUCCAAAGGCUCCGUGGACCACGACCACCAGCAAAUCAUCCGAGACAACCUGUACCUGCGCACCGUUCCCUGUACGACCAGGCAGCCCAAGGAGGGGGAGGUGCCGGGGGUGGACUACAACUUCGUAACUGUGGAACGUUUUAUGGAAUUGGAGCAAAGCGGAGCCUUACUAGAGAGUGGAACCUAUGAAGAUAAUUUCUACGGCACACCCAAGCCACCAGCAGAGCCGUCCCCAGCAGCCCCUCCUCUUAAUGUAAGUGAGGCCCUGCUGCCCGGAGCCCGGCCCAGCGCCCAGGGCAAGAGGAAGAGGAACCAGUCGGUCAGCAACAUGGAGCAGCGCGCCAGCCUGGAGCCGCCAGAGGAGGAGGAAGAGGAGAGCCCUGUCGUCAAUGGCAACGGAGUGGCCAUCACGCCAGAGUCCAGCGAGCACGAGGACAAGAGCACCGAUGCAUCCGGGGAGGUUGCCGUGGAAACCUGCAGCCAAGCGGCAGCCACGAGCGAGGCUCCCACCGAAGCAGAGGAUGCACCCAAAUCUCCGGACAAGUCCCCCAACAAAGUCCCGGAUGUAGAUGAGGAAGAGCUGGGCCCUCUGCCUGACAACUGGGAGAUGGCAUACACGGAGAAGGGGGAGGUCUACUUCAUUGAUCACAACACCAAGACCACAUCAUGGCUGGAUCCUCGAUUGGCCAAGAAGGCGAAGCCUCCGGAAGAGUGCAAGGAAGAUGAGCUGCCCUACGGCUGGGAGAAGAUCGACGACCCCAUCUACGGCAGCUACUACGUGGAUCACAUCAAUCGCAGGACUCAGUUUGAGAAUCCAGUCCUGGAAGCAAAGAGGCGCCUUGAGCAACAACGGCAGAUGCAGAGUCAGGGCCUCUCCGCUCUCCCGCUGCCCACCAUAUACAGAGAAAAGCCGCUGUUCACGAGGGACCCGACCCAAUUGAAAGGCACAUUUCUGUCUACGGGCCUACAAAAGAGUAACAUGGGAUUUGGCUUCACAAUAAUUGGAGGUGAUGAGCCCGACGAGUUCCUGCAAGUGAAGAGUGUCAUUCCAGAUGGGCCGGCUGCUCAGGACGGAAAGAUGGACACAGGUGAUGUUAUCGUCUACGUGAACGACAUCUGCGUGUUGGGCACCACACAUGCCGACGUUGUCAAGCUUUUCCAGUCGGUUCCCAUCGGUCAGAGCGUCACCCUGGUGCUUUGCCGGGGCUACCCUCUCCCCUUUGACCCUGAGGAUCCCAACGCGGCAGCCAGCAGCUCCAUGACGCCUAUCGGGAUGGAGCACCGCCCGCUUGUGGUGAACGGUCGCAGCAGCUACGAUCCUUACAUGGAGUAUCUGUCGCUGAGCUCCCAGCUGCCCGCACAGGCCUUGGCACAAGUCGGCACAUCCCAUCCAGGGGACACCCACCUGGACGGUUCCUCGCUGCCGCCCACCACGCCCGGCUCAUCGUCAGCGCUCACACCACAUGAGGACAACGUUUCCAUGGCCUCCUCCGGGACGCCGGGUGUUGCUGGGGCGACGGGCCAAGCGGCCGAGUUGCUGACUGUUACCAUUGUGAAAGGAGCGGAGGGCUUCGGGUUCACUAUCGCAGACAGUCCUACUGGCCAGCGAGUCAAACAGGUGCUGGAUCCGGGCUCACAGGCGGCGGCAGGCCUGAUCGAGGGCGAUCUGAUCCUGGAGGUGAACCAGCAGCCGGUGGCGGCGGCCGGACACGGACGUGUGGUGGAGAUGCUCAAAGAGUGCCCCAUCGGAACUGAAGCUACGUUGCUCAUUCAGAGAGCAGCGACAGGCCACAUCUCUCCUUGGAAGGCCUCCAAACAGUUACCUGACCAGUGGGACCCGCACGGCAGCCCCCAGGCCAACCUGUCAGGUCCUGUCCUGCCUCCAGGCACGCCCUUCCCCAACCAGCCCCAACACCGCACAUCUGUACCAGACUCCACCGAAGGCUUCGAUCUGAACAAGCCCGACCCCUAUGACCUUUAUGAGAAGUCCAGGGCAAUCUACGAGAGCCGACGUCCAGAAUACGAAGAGGUGGAGGUGCACCUGCUGAGGGAGAAGACCGGCUUCGGCUUCCGCAUCCUGGGGGGAGACGAGGCCGUGCAGGCUGUGAGUCCGGACGCCCGUGACAAGAUUGUGAUCGGCGCCAUUAUCGAGAACACCCCCGCCGAGCGCGACGGCCGACUCCGUCCGGGGGACGAGCUCAUCUCGGUGGAUAAAAACGUGGUCGCCGGGAAGCCGCACAAGUUUGUCAUCGACUUGAUGCACGCCGCCGCUCGCAACGGCCAAGUCAGCUUGACUGUGAGGAGGAGACUGCACAUGCCCGGUGAAAACUGCCCCGUAAACGGCCGCAGCCCCAGCCUAGUGUCCACUCAGCACAGCUCACCCCGCAACGACGGCGUGCCUCCGGGCCCCGCCGCAGUGGCCGUGGCCACGGAGGGCUCGGCCCUGCACACCAGUGACGUGCUCAUUCACCGCAAGGAGAACGAAGGCUUCGGUUUCGUCAUCAUCAGCUCCCUCAACAGGCCGGAGAAUGCUGCCGUCAUCACUGUGCCCCAUAAAAUUGGACGAAUAAUCGAGGGCAGCCCCGCAGACCGAUGUGGCAAACUAAAAGUGGGCGACCGGAUCUUGGCGGUGAACGGCCAGUCCAUCAUCAGCAUGCCGCAUGCCGACAUCGUCAAACUCAUCAAAGACGCCGGCCUCACGGUCACGCUGCACAUCAUACCAGAAGAAGGCUCUCAAUCUGGGCCCGGCUCAGGAAAGCAGAGCCCCAUGACCCAGAAACAUGGCACCCAGCCCAACCCCGCAGCCCUGACCAGUCAAAGCGGCGCCCAGCUGCCUGGUCAGCCGGCUCCUCAGCCGGGUCAAAUGGCCCUUCAGACGGGACAAGCGUCCAUCCAGCCUGCUCAGACACCAGCCCAGACCAGCCAAAUCCUCAUUUGUCCACCGGCAACAGCAGCAUCACACCCGGCAACGGCUGGAACGCAGCAGAGCCCUGUCAGCCAUCCUUCUGGACCCCCGCCGCAGCUCUACCUACACGACGGAAGGUCAGAGGUUAAAGCCAGACAGGAUGUGAAACCUGACUUCCGCCAUCCUCCGUUCACUGAUUACAGGCAACCACCCGUAGACUACCGGCACCCGCCGGUGACCGAUUACCGCCAGCCCCCGACGCUGGACUACCGGCACCCGCCCGGCCUGUUGGACUUCAGACAGCACACGGCAGCUGCUCAGUUCCCGCUGGGGAUCGCUGCAGAGUUUCGACCACAGAUUCCCCCUCUGCAGGACUUUGAUUACUUUACAGUGGAGCUGGAGAAAAGCUCCAAAGGUUUCGGUUUCAGUAUCCGGGGGGGCAGAGAGUACAAGAUGGACCUGUUUGUGUUGCGCCUCGCAGAGGAUGGUCCCGCCAUACGAAACGGGAGGAUGAGGGUGGGGGAUCAAAUCAUAGAGAUUAACGGGGACAGCACUCGCGACAUGACUCACGCUCGGGCCAUCGAACUUAUCAAGGCGGGGGGCCGGAGGGUCCGACUGCUGCUGAAGAGAGGCACAGGGCAGGUGCCGGAAUACGACUGUGUCGGCCCCUGGGAUCCCCUUUCUACAAUCCACUCUACCCUGCCGGAAGUGACCCUCGAAGCCCACCAGAGUCCAUUGCCUCCAUCCCAUCCGGCCGCAUCCCUGGAUUCCCCUCAUCAGCUCCUUCUAGAGGCCGCAACGUGCAUGGCGGCGGACAAAGCUCCACCGGUGACGGACCACGGCGCCUCGGCUCGAGGGGCCGCAGGUGGCAGGUCCACCCAGCAGAAGUGCAUGAUCAGAGGGCAAGGAGGAGAGGCCGAGUGUGGGCCGGGCACCGGGCAGCCUCGAGUUUUGCCUGCUAAAGCCGUCCUGGGGAGGCAGAGGGACGCUUGCUCCCCCUGCUGUGACCGAAAGGGGGCGGGCGCUCUCUGGCCGUGGGACCCUUACGUGAGCGUCACUCCCAACGGGGCCUCUCUGGCCGGCAGAGACACCCACGUCAGCCUCCAGGAGAGGCUGCUGUCCAGAGGCGUUUACCCCAGAGAGGAGGAGCGCUCCGGGGGCCACGCUAAGAGGGCCGAGGAGCCUGCCGCCAGGAGAGUCGCCGCCAACUCCCCGGGGCCCUGGAACAUCCCCGGGCCGGAUAAACUGCCCGGCACCCUGAGGUCCUGGACCUCCACUGUCAGCAGGUAGACGAGAUCGGCUUUCUGUCAGCCCCCAACCCACUGCCGUUUGUCCCCUUUCAUCCACUCCACAAAUCAUAAUCAGAUGUUGCUUUACUGGAGGAUUAUUACACCCGCCACCUUAAAAGGCUGAUCAACUCUCACACAUGUUGUAACAUAGAGUGAAGAGCCCGAUGAUGUGCACCAAAAGACUUCAUUUUGUUCUCGUUGAAGACAGAGAAACUUGUAGAGCAGUGGUUCCCAUCCUCGGUUGACAAUAUCCAUGAGACAAGGACAGAGCUCUGCUGCAAAGAGUAACUGACUCCCCAUCAAAAAUGUUUUGGCUACAUCAAAAGUUCAAACUGUAACUAUACGACACACCUGGAUCCCAAAACACUUAAAUAUUUAAACUCAUCUUUUUCUGGAAAAGAAAAAAAAAAAGUCACCAAAAGCAUACUUGGGCUAAUUUUGCAUCUGCUGCAAUCUAGUGGAAGAGCAUUUAAUUGUUCUACUUGUCACUGUGCAGUACUGUGCAUGGACAGAAGAAUAAAGAUACAGUAUAUUUUUCUCAAUACAAGAACAGCAAAAAGCUACGGUACUUAAACUAUCCCAAAAAUAUUCAGAAUUACCCGCAGGUGCCACUAGAUGACGGUAAAGCACCACCUUUUUAUGUACAAUGGGAGCUCUUGCUCUCACCUUAACAUAGUUCCUUGGCACCAACAUGACACCCAAUGGUGCCACACCACUUUUUUUACAUUAGUCCAGCACAAAACAGCAAAUUUUAGUUUUCGAUGUGUGACCUUGAUUCAAAAAUAAACAACUAAAUAAAUCAUGGCUGGAUCAGGUGAAUAUGCAGGGAACAUUUUAAUUUCAGACCAAUUCGGUGAAGUUGCAUUGUUACGGUGGUUGGGAAUCACUGUUCUAGAAGUCCUUCCAGUGUUACUCCUCACAUGCCUAACAAAUAUACUGUAAAUGUAAAGAUGUCAAUGUGUACAUUUCUUGUUGUAAAGAAGCAGAAGAAGAGGAAGAGAAAAAAACAAAACACCAGGAUGGAAUUAUUUAUCAUCCUAUCCUGGGCCUCAGUUAUGACUACAUAUCAAAGACACAUCGUCAAAAUGGCAACCUGUGCAUGGGACUCCCAAACCGUGAACAAGGACCACUUUGAUCUCCAUUUUUUUUGUUGUUGGUUGUGUUUUUUUACAUUUGUGACAGCAGGCUUGGUAAGAAGUCACACUACUACACUGAGUUUCGUACACAAGCAUAUGUUAACCGUUGUGCAGAGCUUUGUCACACUCAUGGAACGUCCAUUGGGAAAAUCCAAAUCUUUUUUUCUUUUUUUUCUUGGUACCAUAUCUUUCAUAUACAGCCUAAGGUCCAUGUACUAGUAUGCUCUUUGUCUUUGCUCGUAAGGUAAGGCAAGUUAGUGUCUUGCGAGUAAUGUCCCCCCCGCUACUAGUGUCAAUUUUGGCCUACUAGCACCCAAUUAAAUCUCACUAAUAACACUAC